AUCUAAUCAAUAAUAUCCAGAGAGGGUUUCCCUGACGUCUGGUAAACUACUUACGAUGAGUAUUCCUCAGAGCAUAACCGAUCUCGAGGCCCGUAGGCCAUCAGAUUCAAUCAUGAAACAACGAUUCUACCAGAAAGCGCUCCAACUUGAACCAAAGACUCACUUUUCCUGUGUUGAGAUAGAAGGUCUGUUGCGCAUUUUUGAUAAGCUGGUUGAAAAAUACCAAUCUCCCAUGAACAAGAUAGUGUUUAAGGACGUUUUGUUCAACUUUUUUGGCUUAACGAAUGACCUCAUGCUGGAACGAGUUUUCCGUACGAUGACCAACGGGAAAAGCUUCAUGACACACGAUGACUGGAUAGCUGGAAUGGAUAUUUAUCUUCGUGGUAGUGCAGCCGAGCUGGCAGAGUUCGCAUUCACAGUUUAUGAUUACCAAAAAAGGGAUUUUCUAUCAAAAGAGGAUAUCCAGAUGUACCUGGAGGAUGUAAUCAUUGCCCGUAUGCCGGAUGAGGAUGUUGAUGAGUGCCAAACAGAUAUGCUUGACAUGGUUUUUGUUAUGUUUGAUCAGGAUAAAGAUGGAUACAUAAGCCGGAAAGAUUUCCUAAAAAGCGUGCAAAUAGAGCCAUUGUUGUUGCAAGUCCUCGGAGAAUGCAUCCCCCCACUUAAUACUGCACUCACGUUGGAUUCCCUGAUUAAAUGUGGCAACGAGAGAGAUUAUCCAUUUUAGAACAAACUUUAAACAUAACUGUCACAUUGUAUGAUAAUUCUCCAAAAAUAACAACGACAAGUCCCAUGCUGACAUGUAAUCGGUGGAACAGUAUAAUGCCGGUUGAGUGAUGUCAAGUUAAUUUAAAAGGUGUCGGUCGGUGGCCGAGCAGUCUGCGCGCCUAGUUCGCGACCAUAAGGUCACUGGUUCGUCUCCGCGUAAUUGUGGGCG